AUGGGUGAUGGAAGAAUGUCUAAAUCAGAGCCUUCCAGUUCAAGCCAUAUUCCAAAACUGAUUAUUGAAAAGAGAAAUAGUGAGCAUGGAAAAGCUGCUUUCCAGAAAUCAUACCUCAUCAUACAUCAGAAAAUUCACACAGAGGUUAAACCUCAUAAAUGUGAUGACUGUGGAAAAGCCUUUGGCCACAAAUCAGACCUCAUCAAACAUCAGAGAAUUCACACAGGGGAGAAACCUUAUGAAUGCAAUGACUGUGGAAAAGGCUUUGCAGCUAAGUCAGACCUCAUCAAAUGUCAGAGAAUUCACACAGGUGAGAAACCUUAUGAAUGUAGUGACUGUGGAAAAGCCUUUGGCCAUAAAUCACAGCUCACCAAACACCAGAGAAUUCACACAGGUGAGAAACCUUAUGAAUGUAAUGAUUGUGGAAAAGCCUUUGGCCAGAAGUCACAACUCACUGAUCGUCAGAGAAUUCACACAGGGGAGAAACCUUAUGAAUGUAAUGACUGUGGAAAAGCCUUUGGCCACAAGUCAGACCUUAUCAAACAUCACAGAAUUCACACAGGUGAGAAACCUUAUGAAUGUAAUGAAUGUGGAAAAGCCUUUGUCCAAAAGUCACAACUCAUUAAUCAUCAGAGAAUUCACACAGGGGAGAAACCUUAUGAAUGUAGUGACUGUGGAAAAGCCUUUGCAGCUAAGUCGGACCUCAUGAAACAUCAUAGAAUUCACACAGGGGAGAAACCUUAUGAAUGUAAUGACUUUGGAAAAGCCUUUGUACAGAAGUCACAACUCAUUGAUCAUCAGAGAAUUCACACAGAUACUAAUUCAGCUCUGAGCCACCACACAUGCAAUAGGUGCUCGGGCCCCAGUUGCUGUUCCAUGGGAUGGGACAACUGGCGCCCAACGUGGGGCUCAAGUGUGGCCAUUGGGGUUCGAGUGCCUGUAAGAUUGGAGGAAUGCCACUUUCCAGGAGAAAAACUUGGAUCCAAGUGAUUGUGCGACCGGCUCGGAACUGCCCACCCAAGAUCAUUAGCAUCGGUCGACACUGCAGAGUGAAGAUGGUGCAAGGUAAGUGAUGGCCAUGGAACAGGCAUUAUCGUCACAGGAAAUGUUCAUUUCAGGUCUCAGGGAGGCUCUCAAGACACAAGGAGUUCGGGUUAAAAAUAAGGAUCUAAAGGCAUUUUUUGAGUAUGUGAAAAAUUUAUGUCCCUGGUUCCCCAGGAAAGGAACAAUUGAUGAGGUCAAGUGGCAAAGAGUUGGAAAUUGUUUAAAGGAUUUUCAUGAUUUCAGUUGAAGUAAAUGUUACCUUUGUAAAGUUAAUAUUACUAUGUGAAAUGAGAAAUUGUGGUUACAAAGUGUCCGGACUACCCAUUCUGUUUUUGUGUUAUGUACUAACUCUACCCUUAUUAUUGAUAGGAAUGCUCUGGCAGAGUAUGCUUGGUUUGCUUUACCAAAGAAAUGUAAACCCAAAUAUGCCACAAAUAGUUAAGAGUCCACAAACCUGCAAGAAUGUAACAAUUACGGUACUGUUUUUUAUGUCCCUGACAUGGGUGCCCAAGAAGCUAAUUCCCCCUCAGAUAUGUUUCAAUUUAUCUUUAAAACACCUUAAAUAUUAUUGUGUUUGAUUUCUGAAUGUAAACUUUUAUGAGAAAUUUGCAUUGUAUUCUUAUGAUGAUGUGUUAAGUAUGCCUACACCUUGAUGCAACCUUAGGGCCAAAUGUAAGGACAGAUUUUUAAAAUGAAGAGGCUUGUAUCUAGGUUUGGCUCUGAUGAACAAGCAACGUGUCUGCCAGAUAACCUUCUCCUGCUCCUUGGGAGCCUGGCCAGUUCCCGGGGAGGAGGAUAAAGGAAUGUUUCUGAUAAACAGGUAGGCAGGCUUCGUGUCUCUGCUCUCUGGCCAAGAUCCGGGAUGGGACACACUGCUUGCCUAAAAUCUUGGCAAUGAGCCACCCUUGUCCUUGGGGGCUUUAAGAGGGAGCCAGAACAAGCCUCUGCUACUGCUGUUUCAUCCCGGGGGAACACACAGUCAAGCUGAAUGUUAAACAUGCCUGUGAUGAUUACUGAUAAUGUUUAAUUCUCAGUACAGAUUGAAGAUUGCCUAGUGAUGCCCACAGUACUGUAAAUUCUACCAAACAUAAGUACAACAUGGACAUGGAUCAAUUGGCUACUGUGGCUGAGGUGUUCUGUGACAGUCCCUUUCAUGAGAGA